GUCUCCUCUUUCUCUCUCUCUAUCUCUCUCUCUAUAUAUAAAUACAAAAAUUUCUGGAGAGAGAAAGAAAUAGAGUUUACUAUAAGUUUCUAGAGAGAGAAAGCUUUCUCUGAGCUCUGUCUCUGUCUCUCUCUCUCUUCUUCGUCUUCUGGAUGUGUGGUUGUUUGUUCUGAUUUGGUUCUCAAGAUCUAGUUAUAAUCUUAGUGAUAUUUCUGGUUCUGGAAUCAAAGACGAGGGGUCAAGAUGUCUUCUCUCAGCAGGGAGCUUGUGUUCCUGAUCUUACAGUUUCUAGAUGAGGAAAAAUUCAAAGAGACUGUACACAAGCUGGAGCAGGAAUCUGGGUUUUUCUUCAAUAUGAAAUAUUUUGAGGAUGAGGUGCAUAAUGGUAAUUGGGAUGAAGUUGAGAAGUACCUGUCCGGAUUCACUAAAGUGGACGAUAACCGGUAUUCCAUGAAAAUCUUUUUUGAGAUACGGAAACAGAAGUAUCUUGAGGCAUUGGACAAGCAUGAUCGGUCCAAAGCUGUGGAUAUACUAGUAAAGGAUUUAAAGGUUUUUGCCACAUUCAAUGAAGAACUUUUCAAGGAAAUCACCCAGCUCCUGACAUUGGAGAAUUUUAGGGAGAAUGAACAACUAUCCAAGUAUGGAGAUACAAAGUCUGCCAGGGCAAUUAUGCUGGUUGAACUUAAGAAACUGAUUGAAGCAAAUCCCUUAUUCCGUGAUAAAUUGCAAUUCCCCAACCUCAAAAAUUCGAGACUACGGACUCUCAUUAACCAAAGCUUAAAUUGGCAGCAUCAGCUUUGUAAGAACCCAAGACCAAAUCCAGAUAUAAAAACUCUCUUUGUGGAUCACUCGUGUGGACAACCGAAUGGUGCUCGGGCUCCAUCACCUGCAAACAAUCCACUGCUUGGAUCCUUACCAAAAGCCGGAGGAUUUCCUCCACUAGGUGCACAUGGGCCUUUUCAACCUACACCAGCCCCAGUUCCAAUACCCCUUGCAGGUUGGAUGUCUAAUCCUUCCACUGUUACUCAUCCAGCUGCUUCUGAAGGAGGAGCUAUUGGUCUUGGUGCUCCAUCAAUUACAGCUGCCUUGAAACAUCCAAGGACUCCCCCAACUAAUCCUUCUGUAGAGUACCCGUCUGGGGAUUCUGAUCAUGUAUCUAAAAGAACAAGGCCCAUGGGGCUGUCUUCUGAAGUAAAUCUCCCUGUUAACAUGUUGCCAGUAACAUUUCCGGGUCAUGGUCAUGGUCAAGCUUUGAAUGCACCUGAUGACUUGCCAAAGAAUGUCACACGGACUUUGAAUCAGGGUUCAUCUCCCAUGAGCAUGGAUUUUCAUCCUUUACAGCAGACUCUGCUACUUGUUGGUACUAAUGUGGGGGACAUAGGGCUGUGGGAAGUUGGAUCUAGGGAGCGACUAGUUUUGAGGAACUUUAAAGUCUGGGAUCUUAGUUCAUGUUCCAUGCCUCUGCAGGCUGCUCUAGUUAAGGAUCCUGGCGUAUCUGUUAACCGUGUGAUAUGGAGCCCUGAUGGUUCUUUAUUUGGUGUUGCAUACUCAAGGCACAUUGUUCAAAUAUAUUCUUAUCAUGGGGGUGACGAUAUACGACAGCACCAAGAGAUUGAUGCUCAUGUUGGUGGAGUAAAUGAUCUAGCAUUCUCCCACCCCAAUAAACAGCUUUGUGUAAUUACCUGCGGGGAUGACAAGACCAUCAAGGUGUGGGAUGCUACGACCGGUGCAAAACAGUAUACUUUUGAAGGUCAUGAGGCUCCUGUUUAUUCUGUCUGCCCACACUACAAGGAAAACAUUCAGUUUAUCUUUUCAACAGCAUUGGAUGGAAAGAUAAAGGCUUGGUUGUAUGACAAUUUGGGAUCUCGGGUUGAUUAUGAUGCUCCUGGUCGCUGGUGCACAACCAUGGCUUACAGUGCUGAUGGUACAAGGCUCUUUUCAUGUGGGACAAGUAAAGAGGGUGAGUCAUAUAUUGUUGAAUGGAAUGAAAGUGAAGGGGCUGUGAAGAGGACCUACCAAGGCUUCCGCAAGCGAUCUUUUGGUGUUGUGCAAUUCGAUACUACUAAAAACCGAUUUUUGGCUGCUGGUGAUGAUUUCUCUAUUAAAUUUUGGGACAUGGACAAUAUUCAGCUUCUGACAACUGUUGAAGCUGAUGGAGGCCUCCCAGCAAGCCCUCGUAUCCGCUUUAACAAGGAUGGCAGUCUCUUGGCUGUUUCUGCCAAUGAGAAUGGGAUUAAAGUAUUGGCAAAUGCAGAUGGAAUUCGGUUGUUACGAACAUUUGAGAAUCAUCUUUCCUACGAUGCAUCAAGGACCUCUGAAGUUGUGACAAAGCCUGCAAUAAACCCUAUUUCAGUUGCUGCAGCAGCAGCAGCUGCUGCUACCAGUGCUGGUCUGGCUGACAGAAGUGCAUCUGCAGUUUCUAUUUCUGGAAUGAAUGGGGAUGCUCGGAACUUGGGGGAUGUGAAACCUAGAAUAGCUGAAGAAUCCAAUGACAAAUCAAAGAUUUGGAAACUCACAGAAAUCAACGAACCAUCUCAAUGUCGUUCCUUGAGGCUGCCUGAAAACAUGAGAGUAACCAAGAUAUCUAGGUUAAUCUAUACUAAUUCAGGAAGUGCAAUUUUGGCAUUAGCAUCAAAUGCCAUACAUUUGCUCUGGAAAUGGCAGAGGAGCGAGCGUAACUCUACUAGCAAGGCAACUGCUAGUGUUUCACCUCAACUCUGGCAACCCUCAAGUGGCAUUCUAAUGACCAAUGAUAUUGCUGACACAAGUCCUGAAGAAGCUGUUCCUUGCUUUGCUUUGUCCAAGAAUGAUUCUUAUGUAAUGUCAGCAUCUGGUGGAAAGAUUUCCCUGUUCAAUAUGAUGACAUUUAAGACAAUGACAACUUUCAUGCCGCCGCCGCCUGCUGCAACGUUUCUUGCUUUCCACCCUCAAGAUAACAAUAUUAUAGCUAUUGGAAUGGAUGAUUCCACUAUUCAGAUAUAUAAUGUCCGUGUAGAUGAGGUUAAGAGCAAGCUUAAGGGUCACUCUAAAAGAAUAACUGGCCUAGCAUUCUCUCAUGUACUAAAUGUGCUAGUUUCAUCAGGAGCAGAUGCUCAGCUUUGUGUAUGGAAUUCUGAUGGAUGGGAAAAGCAGAAGUCCAGAUUCUUGCAGCUUCCAGCUGGGAGAACAACAGCUUCACAGUCAGACACGCGUGUGCAGUUUCAUCAGGACCAGACGCACUUCUUGGUUGUGCAUGAGACUCAACUUGCCAUAUAUGAAACAACAAAACUAGAAUGUGUAAAGCAGUGGGUUCCACGUGAUUCUGCUGCACCAAUUUCCCAUGCAACAUUCUCAUGCGACAGCCAGCUUGUAUAUGCCAGCUUUUUAGAUGCAACCGUGUGUGUGUUUAGUGCUGCAAAUCUCAGACUACGGUGUCGUAUUAAUCCUUCUGUUUAUCUGCCUGCUAAUGUCAGCAAUAACGUACAGCCCCUUGUGAUUGCGGCACAUCCACAAGAACCAAAUCAGUUUGCAUUAGGACUAUCGGAUGGUGCUGUUCAUGUCUUUGAGCCCCUCGAAUCUGAAGGCAAAUGGGGCGUGCCUCCACCCGUUGAAAAUGGGUCAGCAAGCAGUGUGCCAGCUACUCAAGUUGGAACUGCAGGUUCAGAUCAAGCACAGAGAUGAUCAAAAGGCUGGCAGAGCACAAGUUCUUUUACAUGCUUGGCUUGCUGGCCCAUUCCAAAUAUAGUUUGUGUUCUUGAUGCAAUGUAAUUUACUCAAGGAAUGAAUGAUGUGCAGAUAUUUAGAUUUAACAUGUUGGUUCAGAAUAUCAGUAAGGUAAAUGCUGUAGGAGUAUUGGCAGUGAUCAUGUAUUUAUUUUCUGCGUCAGAAAGGAAGAGUUUAAUGUUUCUCCCUUAUGCUUUCGUCUUCCAAUUGAUCAUGAAUAUAUAAUUCUUGUUAAUUUUCUAUGUCAAUUUCCGUUGCUGUCUCAGUUUUCAUUUCCUUGACUUCGGCUGUUGUUAGUUGGAUGUUAAACUGCAAGUCAUUGUAGGAUAAUAAUGGACCUUUGCCCUUUUUUAA